GUUAACCAUUCAGGCUUCAUCGGUAUGUUCCUCAACCUUUUAACAUUGUAGAUUGUAGGCUUCGCUUUCACGAUGGGCGGCCGCGAAUGAAGAUUAUUAGCCAUAUCUGUAUAUAUUCCCGUGCUCUUGACUAAUAAAAUCAGACUAUUACACAGCUGUUUAUGAUUGUAUAGCACGUGGUAGGGGGAGACAUGAGAUUUGACAGUCAUGCGGUUUACAUAAUUAUUUAGCUUGGCUGUGUCGAGUAUUUACGUGAUAAGUUAGAAAUAGUUGGGCUAUCAUACAAUUUUAUAAUGCCAAGAAAUAGAAAUCGGCGUGGUCUAGAGCUUGGCGUUAUGUUGCUGAUGUGGGAUUUGAUGAAUGUCGGUCUGACGCAUAUUCCGCCGGUGACUUUGUUCACAAUAUUUGGUCAGGCACUCCUGUAUGCGGGAAUAAUCAAUCCACCAUGGUCCAAGCUGGACGUGUGCAUCAGCGCACGUUCCGUAAUGAAGGGGAAGGACUACAGGCGGCUUUUCCUGUCAGCCUUGGAACAUGGAGACGACAUGCAUCUCUACUACAACAUGAUCUCGUUCUUGAUGAAGGGCCGCUCUCUGGAGAGACGCUACGGAUCACCCAACUUUGCCUUCUUGCUGAUCGUUCUGUCCCUCCUCACGAGCGUUACGUACGUGGCGCUGGGCGUUUUGGGAGAGCUGGUGUUCGAUGACUCAUACUACGCGACAGUCUGUGCCAUUGGCUUUUCUGGUGUGAUAUUUGCGCUGAAAGUGGUGACGAGUGCCGAGGAAGCUCCCGGGAUGACCAUGGUCGGGGGCGUGAUGCUGCCGCUGAAGUACGCCACGUGGGCGGAGCUGGUCCUCAUACACCUGCUGGUGCCACGCUCGUCCUUCAUGGGCCACCUGGCCGGCAUACUGGCCGGACUGGCCUACGCCAAGACCCCGCUGGGAGCGCUCACCGACUCCGCCAUAACAGCGAUAACAGGUGACGCACCUCCAAGUGCAGGGUCGGUGAAACCCAACCCACCCUGGUUUUUGGACGUAACCGUUUCUUCUCCCAAAUAGUCUGCAUUUUGGUGGGUUUCCUGAAAAAAUAUUUUUUUCUCUAAACAAUAUACUUGUUAAUAAUCAGCCUAUCAAAAACCUUCUAUUAUUUGUAUGAAUUGAUAAGGGGUUAAUUGUAACAUUUCUAACAAAAAGUAUCUUCUAAUGGUGGUUUAAUAAAGUUUUUUACUCCAUUUUGUGGCAAAUUUAUUUGUUGAUAGGCAUUUGACAAUAUAAUUAUGAAAACCAAACACAGUAUUGUUAAAUAAUUAAUAAAACAAACAGAAUUUCUUGUAGUCAACUAGACUAUUAAUUGGAAGUGUCCAUUUUGUUAGUUUAAUAAAAAAAUUUGAGCUGUCAAAGUGAAAAUGGAAGCAUGCCAGAAAUUUUCAAAUUUUUUUAUUGGAUGCAUGGAUUUUUAUGAUUAUUUAUUUUUUAAUUACAUGCAAUAUUUUUUAUUUUGAAAACUAAUUGCAAACUUAUUGGUGGUCUAUAUUUCUUAAUUUGGCUUGCCAAUAAAGCUUAAAUAGACUCUCAAUUCAUGAAAAAGUAAUGAUAAAGUUUCCAUUUACAAUUGAAACAAUAUUCAACAGGCUGUAAUACCAUAAAAAUGUGUCUAAUUUUGUACUAAAACUUACGGUAGAUUGUAACAGAACACAUGUUGUUUCAGGGGAUUUUAUGCAUCACUCCCACUACUUCUGAGGUGUGCACAGAUUUUGUGCAGGUGGAGUACUUAAGACUGAGAGCAUAAUGUUGCCGAAGAGAUUUGUGAUGAAAUAAGACUGAGAGCAUACCAUUUAUGAAGAGUUAUUAUGCUCAAAAUUUAAAAUAUAAUUAUUAAUUUUUGUAUGUUUUA